ACUGCACACCUCCACGAAAGACGGACAGCAUAGAGAAAGAGAGAGCCGGCCGGCCGGCGCACAGCAACAAGAUAAAAAUGGAGGCGCCUCGCCGUCCCUGCUCCUCGCUGGUACUUCUGCUGCGUUUCUUGGCGAUCUUGGCAGCGGCGGCGUUCUUCAUCGUUCUCGCCGUGCACGUUGAGCCUGUGCAAGGAGGGAGGCAGCCGAACCCACCGCCAUCUCCGGAGGCACAUCCAACCCCGCAAUCACAUUGCUGCAACCGUAGGUGAAACAAAUUAAGAGAGGCCGCGCUAUACGAUUGGGAUGUGCGUCUCUUAUUUGGUGGGAGCCAGCAGUGUCCAAUUUAAACCUUGUGAUCUUAUUAGACCAUCUUAAUUUAAAAGUUUUUUUCUUCUAAAGCUCGCUCUCUAAAUUAUUGUUUACAAUGUCAUUAUAUAAAAAAUCGUUCUCUAUA